AGUCUUACAGCGAACCGUGUGGUAAUCGUUGCCAGGUAUAUUUCGCGAUAUUUUUCCCAUUCAGUUAUGUUCCCCUGUUCCGUGUGCACAAUACUAUAGUCCUUGAAAACGGCUAUAGUAAAACGGUCAUGUUAAUAAACGGAUUUGUCUAUUUACAGUUAGGAUAGCUUCCUGUCCUUCCUCCCCGUGGCAUAGGUAAAUGCCAGCAUCUGCGAUUUCAAGAUGUUUAAUUACCAAGGAAAGGUCCGGAGUAGUAUAAACCCUAUUGUAUGAUAUAUUAUUGUCCAUCCCUAAUUCGACCACUUUUUCAGGAAUUUCUCUAUAUCGAUCUUGAUAGUACCAAAUUUUGGACUGCCUCUCCUCUUUGUCGUUGCUGCAUUAUAAAAAUAAAUGCAACGAUGCACUUUUGCAACAGUAAAUCUAUGUUUCAUACCAAAAACGACAUUCCAUCAUCACGAUCGAAUCAAUCUCGGCGCUGAUCAAUGAAUCUGUUUUUUAAUAAAAGCCACGUGUGGCUUUAACAUGUUUUCCAAAGCUGCACGAGGUCUGCUUCGAUAUUCAAACCAAUUUUAUAGCCAAUCACAACGUUUGGAACGGCGGAAAAGAACCACUAGCGAAGUUCACCGCGAAGCGGGCAACCUCGACGGAAAUACAUACCCAUGAUGCAUCACUGAUAGCAACAUGGCGGAGAUGAUUGAAAAAAAACUAGCUAUACGUGAAGGAUAAAUGUUUUGGGAUCUACCAUGUCGACACGUGAAUCAGCUGAAACAUUAUUGUCUAUAAAAAAUGGAGGCUAUCCAUCGAUUGAUGAAAUUAAAACCGAAGUAAUAGACGAUGAUACAAUGGAUAUGGAUGAUCAACAAAUUUCAAAUAAUUCAACAGAUUCACAUAUGGAUACAGAAGAAUCUGAUCCAAUUCCUGAACUUGGUCCAGCUGCUUUAGGUCUUCAAAGAGUAGGCACUCAACCUCCUCCAAAACCAAAUCCACCUACUCAACCUGUUCAAGUGUUAAACCGUAGAGGAAUGCCAGCUAGAAUAAGAAAGAAAAAUAAAUUAUUUUAUGAUGAUAUAUUAGUUAAUCAUCCACAUCAUAGAAUAAAAAAAGAUCCAUCGCAUCCAGAUCAUAAACAGUCUCCAAAAAAGGUCACUAGACCAUCACCAGCUAAGAAACAAAAUAGAAUAUCUAAUGAACAAAGGAAAAGUAACAAUAUAUUAAGUCAACCAUCGACACCUUCAAUGACUCCAAUUAAACAAGAAAAGGAACCUGAUAAACCAAUGCAGCCUUCAUCUCCAGAUCGUAAAAUUGGCCAAAAGAUUGGUAUGCGAUUAAGAAAUUUACUGAAAUUACCAAAAGCACAUAAGUGGGUUUGUUAUGAGUGGUUUUAUAGUAACAUUGAUAAAACACUAUUUGAAGGUGACAAUGAUUUUAUGAUAUGUUUGAAAGAAUCGUUUCCACAAUUAAAAACUCGGAAAUUGACUAGAGUAGAAUGGUGUAAAAUAAGAAGAAUGAUGGGCAAACCGCGAAGGUGCUCUCAAUCGUUUUUUGAGGAAGAAAGGCGAGAAUUAGAUAGGAAAAGACAAAAAAUUCGAAUGUUACAACAGCGAAAAGCUGCGGAUAUUAAUAGUUUUAAAGACUUACCACCAGAAAUACCAUUGCAAUUGGUAAUAGGUACCAAAGUUACAGCAAGACUGAGAAAACCACAAGAUGGAUUAUUCACUGGAAGUAUUGAUGCAGUGGAUACUAGUAAUAAUACUUAUAGAAUUACUUUUGAACGUGCUGGACUAGGAACUCAUAGUGUACCAGAUUAUGAAGUACUGUCAAAUGAGCCACCAGAAACAAUAAGUGUCGCUUCAUUUGCUCAAAAAUUCAGACCCAGACACAUACAAUAUGUACCCUCACCACCAUAUGCAAUGAAGCUAAUGUCAUCGCGUUUAAACAGUGAUCCAUUAAUAUCGAAUGCAUCUGUUUCAUUACCAAAGAAAUCACAUAUUGGUGGAACAAUGAAUGGUUAUCCUUUAAAAUUACUCGAAUUUAUGGUGAAAGUAAAUAAAAUAUUAGCUGCGAAAAAAAUAAAAAUUAAAAAGUUGAAAGAGAUGAAUAGCGAAGCGGAAAAAAGACGAUCCUUUGGUGAACCGCUUCCACCAGACUUCGAAAGAAGAUACGCAGGAAUUGUGGUAGAAUUGGAAAAGAUGAAUACAGCUCUUCAAGAUUUUCUUAAUGAUGUUCAAGAAUUAUGUCAAGAGAUGGCUCCUGAACCUAGUGUUGCUGCUAUGCUAGCCCCAUCUCAUCUUCGUGAGAAAUGUAGACAAGAAGCAGCAGAUAUGGUUGCUAAAAAUAAUAUAGUUAAUGACAAAGAACCUGGAAAGAUGACACAAUUAGUAACAGACUUAACAGCUCUCAUGCUUCAAGUAAAGAGUCUGUCUGAUUCAGACCGAAAUGCAUAUGAAUUAAAGGUAUUACAAGGUACUAUGGAACAAAUACGUUCAAAAUUAAGUCCACAAAAUCAACAAGUUUUUCAGAAUUGUGUUGAAAUACAUAUGCAACAUAUACAAUUAGGUCUUGGACAAAGAGGUGCUUUGACACCAUUUAUGGCUCAAUGGGCUUAGCAAAUAUAAAAUAAUCUUUUACAACACUUUUAAAAGAUGUACAAUAUUAAAACAAAUGUAGAACAUAAUACUACGAUAUUUUAUAAGAAAAUUCUACUUUAUUUUAUUAUCUUUUUGUAUAGGGCAUAUCAUUAUUAAGGAGUACCUAUAUUAUUAGGAUGAAAAUGUAUGUUCUAUUACAAUGUACAUACAGUGUUUCUAAAACCGGUUUUAUAGCAACUUUCUAUAUAUGCCUUUUAGAAUACUGUGCUGUGUUAUUAAUUACAUUAAACGGUUAAAAUGUUCAUGUUUAAAAAAUUUAAAUGUAGGCUCAUAAUUUACAUAUAUUAUAAAGUUAAAUACCUAUCACCUAUGAAAUUAACCUUCUUUAACACUGCUGUAAAUAUAGUAUAUAUGUUUUACAGUGGCAGCUUUGGUAAAGUUCGUAUACAAGUUUAACUUUAAAUUAUCACAUUUUUAUUUUGUAUAGUUUAUUUUGCUUAUAUAUAUCUAUAUAUAAUUAGAAAGGUUAAUAUAUAUUUAGUACAUUAGAAUCACUAUGUCUAUGGUUCUGUAUAUUACACAUAAACAUUCAUGUUGCAUAAUACAUUGUAAAUACACUAUGAAUAUUCAGAAAUAUACACUUCUUUUUAAAUUUAUUUUACUGACAGCAUACUGCUUUUGAUGUGUGUUAAACACAGUAAAUGAUGUCAUUCAGCUCAUAAAUAUGGAUUGCAGUGUGUAUUAUAAUAUAGAAAUUUAUUUGAAACACACAAGUUAAAUUACCAUGUCAAUUUUUCACUCAAAACACGUGUCAAGUAUCUAUCGAAAGGAAGUAUUUCUUUUGCACAUACUUAAUUCAUUUUUCGAGAAAGAAAAACAAUAUUUCAAUUUGAUGUAAAAAUGUUCUAAUUACGUCCAAAUUUAAUUGAUAUAAUUCGAAUAUAAAUACUACUUUCAAUAAA